AUGAGGAACCUGUGCGACGCGAUGAGUUCGACGGUAGCGGGGGCGACGAUGAGUAAGGGUGGCUACCGCAAGUCCAAUGGGACGAAGGAUAUUGUGGGACGAUAUGCUCAACGCGUUGGUUCUGGCGCGCCGGUCUCUCUCUCUGCAGUCCACGAGUGCCUCGCUGCUGAGUUGGUUGGAAACGCGGCUAGCGAUAACAAGAAGAACCAUAUCAUUCAGUUGACCAUGAAGAAUGAUGAGGAGCUUGGCAAGCUCCUAGCCAGCGCGACGAUUUCCAUUGGUGGGGUUGUGCCCAAUAUCCACCCGGCUUCAUUGCCCAAGAAGCAAGGUGGAGAGCGAAGGUUGCAUUCUAUUCAUCUUCCGGUUUUGCUUGCAAAGGUAGCUUUAUCUGAUAUCUUCAUUGAAUUUAUGAUCCUUGUUCCUUGA